UAUCAUGGUGAGCGAGCAUAAAGCAAAAGCACGACACGUAAGAAUUUUUAGUAAGUUGUGGUGUGCUCAGUGCUGUGUUUAGUGUGUUUAGCGUAGCCCUGGCGUAGCCUCUUCCUACCUUUGCGUUCGCGUUGAACUGCGUUUUGUAGAUACGUUCAACUCUAGCAGCUCUACGUCUCUGUACAGGAUUACACAUUAGAUAGAUACAUAUUCAACCGGAUUCUACAUAAAAUGGAAUCACUUGGCGAAAAGUCUCAAAAUGUCACUCAAACUAAUUUAGGGAGCGUUGUAAUCUUUGAGGCUAAGAAGCGAGGAAGACCCAAGAAAGAUUGCGAGGGAAAAGGCGAGGAAGAAAAACCAAUCAAGAAGUCAAAAAUUUCUUUGAAGCGCUCAGAGAACACAAAAAAUUCAAAAAACAGACUUGCCAGUGUUGCAACACCACAAUGUGCUUCAGCAGACAAUUUACGGAUGGAGGGUUGGCUCAAAAAAUUUGAAGCUGCCCCAGCCGUCAGUGCCUGUGCCGAUUGGACUCCAGGCUACAAGUCCUGCAAGCUGUACAGUUGCUACUGGUGCCAAGAAUUUUCAUGGGACACCAAAAGAUGUUCCAACUGCAAGCGACUCAUUCCCCAGGGGACUCGAUUUCUCAAUGUGGAAAAUUCAGAGACUGUUGAUGCAAUUGUCGACUCCACUCGCCCAAUUUUUCAUCAACCACCGAUCCCAUACAUUAGGGCUGGAGAAGUUGUCUUUUGCACCUCUUGCUUCUACACCUCGCUAAGCCAUGAUCAGUGUGAUAUCUGCGGUGGAAAAAUCUUCAACGACCAAGUUCUCAAUAUUCAAUUUGACUCAAAGCAUCACAGUGAAAGCAUUUUUACAGAUACCAAGUUGGUGCUUCCAUUUAGACCCCGUAAAGUUGGCCAGUGUUUCAUCGAGUGUCCAUCUUGCUUCUUGAGCAUGAGGUUUGAUCGCCAACUUUGCGUUCACUGUGGUUCCAUGAUUCCCAAAUUUGUUGUGAUCUCUUCGGCCUCAAAUUCUGCCUUUGUUUUUGACUAUAUGUGGCCAGUUAGAUCUCAACUCGUGGAUGGAAUAAUCAAAACAAAUCCCCCUAACUAUGUUCCAGUCUACAAGGAAAACAUGCUAGCGACUUGCCCGUGGUGUGUGUCACUCUCAUUUGACAUCUUCCGAUGCACACACUGCAUGAGGCAGCUUCCUAAAAACAAAAAUCUAGUAGAGCUGACGGCAGGCAGCCUGUACGGCAUUGGAUAUGGCCCAGCUAAGCCAAUCUAUGACCCAAUUCCGGUCCCAAAUUUCAAACCUGGUAAAAUGUCUGUGUGCCAUGAGUGCAAAAAAUACAGCAAGAAUUUGCGUCAGUGCGAAUUCUGCGGCGAAAAGCAAAGGAAUUAUGUGGCAGUCUUGGUGAGCUUCAAGAACACCAAACUGUCCCAUGACGGCAGCAAAGAAACCCUGUUUCCGUACACUCCUCGCAUGGUCAAUGGAGUCUACUUUGAGUGCCCGCAGUGCGAACUGACCACGGAUAAACAAAAGUGCAUUCACUGUGGCCUGUUAAUCCCGUCGGUUGUGAAGGUGACUGAGCUAAGCAAAACUGCUGCACGCAAGGGGAGGAAUCUGCAAGGAAAAAUCAUUCCAGGCAACUUCAAGCUUGAUGCCUUGUCAAGAGAGGAUCCCCAAGUUAACUGUGGCACUAUCACCAAGAAAGAUCGGCGGGAAGAUCCGCUUGAGCUACCAAAGGGAUAUGAGCCAAGAUUCAGAGAAAAGGGGGUCGUCCAGUGCGAAAGCUGCCUGAACUGGAGUUGGGAUUUCAAUCGCUGCUCAAAGUGCCACAAUGUGAUCCUACCGACAUCGCUUGCUAUUUUUCCUAAAACAAGUACUAGGCACCCAGCGUUUGACGAGGGCAGGCCAACUAUUACUUCUCCAGUACCAUGCAUGAAACUUGGAGUUGUUAUUUUCUGCUCAAGCUGCUUGUCAUUUGUGACCAGUGCUCCAAAAUGCACUGAGUGCUUCAAGUGCAUCGUUGACAAGGACAGUCAAUUCUUAAUCGAAGCCCAGAAUGUUGGAGAAAAACCUGGUGCCAACAGCGUCAAAUUUCAGCCAAGAAUGUUAACUGACAAGUCGAUGAUGUUCUGCCUCUUCUGCGGAUUCUCAACCUCCAACUUCAAAGUGUGCACCUUUUGUUCAAACCCCACUCCUCAGUUCUGUAAAGUGACCCCGGUCAAUGGGGCGAAAUCUCUACCAAAAGAGCUCGACUUUGCGCAAAUGAAAGACCCAGGCAAGUACCACGCGCCCUCCAGCAGUGGAAGCAGUAAGGAGCAAACUGCUUCUGAAAGCAAGUGUGCAGUGGAAGAUGCGAUCCAGGCAGAACUGAUCGUCAUUAGUGACUGGAAAACUGCCGUUGGCCUUGAGUGCAAUGACAAGGCCAAGGAAUAUCUCGAGACCAUUCCCUUUGGUCUGCGGGUUGAUGCCUUCUAUGACCACCAACUUAGCUGCUUUCCUGAUGAGAUCUUUACCGCCGGCAAAGACUUCAGUGGUGAGUACCAUUAGAAAGAUCUGCUCUGUACUGGUAUAUAAUUAUUUUAUUUGUUUGCAACGGUAUGUAAACUUUGCAUAAAUCAAAAUACAGUUAACUUCAAUAAAAUCUGCAACUCUGUCAGAUUCAUAAUAUAUGCAA